AUGUCCUACACUCGGGAUAUGUGGGUGGGACAAGCCGACGACAGCCAUGCAGAAAGGCCCAUCCAGGCGAAGGCGCAGCGCGGUCGACCGUACCAGCAUCAUCAAGGCAGCGAGUACGAAAACAAUUUAGUCCAAAGCCUCCAAGAGAAUAGCCCAGUGGCCAAGGAGCUGUCCCAGCAUCGGUGCAGCACCCAGACGUACUCGUCUCACCACAACUACCCCAGCCUCGGCUGCGACCACAGCAACUCCAAGCUACCAUCUCCCGAAUCCUCGGGCGAACUACCUGUAUCAUCUACCUGGGGUGAUGAUCUCCCCUUGACCAUGACCCCAAAUCCUUCCUCCCUUUGUUCGGCACCUGGCCUCGACAGUAUAGGAGAUAGCACAUUGCCUGCCAUGUGA